AUGGGCCGGGCUGGCCCCAGGACCGGGGGCGCGGCGGCGGCGGCAGCGGUGGCGGGGCCGCUGCUGCUGCUGCUGCCGCUGCUCGCUCGGCCCCCGCCUGCGGCCGCCGGCGACAGCAGGAAGAGCGACUUCAGGCUGGUAUCUGAGCAGUACUCGCAGUCCCCGCAGAAGCUGUCUUUCUACAGCUGGUACGGCAGCGCCAGACUCUUCCACUUCCGCGUGCCCCCGGACUCCGUGCUGCUGCGCUGGCUGCUGCAAGUGUCCCCGGGCGGCGGCCCCACGUGCGCAAACCUGGAGACCACCGUGUAUUUCCGCUACGGUGCCCCUCCAGUCAUCAACCCACUGGGCACCAGCUUCCCUGCCAACACCUCCAUGCAGCCCUCCUUCCUCAUCAAGAUGCUGCAGAGCAACGCCUCCAUCAACGUCUCCCACCCAGCACCUGGGGACUGGUUUGUGGCUGCCCACCUGCCCCCCUCAUCUCAGAAGAUUGAGGUGAAGGGCUUUGUUCCCACCUGUGCCUACGUCUUCCAGCCUGACAUGCUGGUCGUGCGGGCAGUCGAGGUCUCCAUCCUGGAGCCCGAUAAACCCUCUCCACAGACCCUCCUCUCCCACCCCAGCUACCUCAAAAUCUUCGUCCCCGAGUACACCCAGGAGCUGCGGCUGGAGCUGCAGGGCUGUGCGUCCAACGGGAGCCUCGGCUGCCCCGUGCAGCUCACCGUGGGCUCAGCUACCCUGCCCAGCAACUUUCAGAAGGUGCUCACCUGCCCUGGCCCCACCCAGGCCUGCCACCUGCUGCUGCCCUCGCCACCCUGGGACCAGUGGUUGCAAGUGACGGCCAAGAGCCUGGCAGGGCCCCAUAUCCUGGUGGCUUUCAACGUUGUCGCUGCGCUCACAGCCUGCAAGCCUUGGAUAGUAAACUUCCAGCAUCUUCAGCAGAACAGUCCAAACCAGAGCUGCAGUGUCCCCCCCGGGCUGCUGCCCCCAAGCCCUGGCUACCAGGACCUGGGCAGGAGCAGCAGUGUGGGUGGCGGCCCCUUCUGCCUCAGGGGCUACCAGGUCACCCGGGAGUACAUGGACGUGCUGUCUGUGCACUUCAGGCCCCUGGACAGGGUCUCAGUGCUGGUGCAGUCAGACAUGCCUUCGGUGAUGCGGCUGCAGCUGGACACGGGCAUGGACAGUGGGGGCUCUCUCGUCGUCUCCCUGUGGGCCAACCAGAGCGUGAUGUCCAACACCAGCUCGGUGGUGGUCUGCGUGAACGCCGCCUCGCCCUUCCUGGGCUUCAGCUCUUCACUCAACUGCACCACAGCCUUCUUCCAGGGCUAUCCCCUGUCUCUGAGCACCUCAUCUCGCAGGGCCAACCUUGUCAUCCCCUACCCAGAGACAGACAACUGGUACCUCUCCCUGCAGCUCGUAUGCCUGCAGAGUCCUGAGGAGUGCGGGAAAGCCUCCGUCCUCGUGGAGACCUCCUUGUCUUUGGUGCCCUGCCUCAACGACUGUGGGCCUUACGGCCAGUGCCUCCUGCUGCGCAGACACGGUUACCUGUAUGCGGGCUGCAGCUGCAAGGCAGGCUGGCGAGGGUGGAGCUGCACAGACAACAGCACAGCACAGACCGUGGCCCAGCAGAGGGUGGCCGCGCUCCUGCUCACUCUCAGCAACCUCUUGUUCCUGGCUCCCAUCACCCUCUCCGUGCACCGCUGCCUCCUGGUGGAGGCCUCCAUCUACACCUACACCAUGUUCUUCUCCACGUUCUAUCACGCCUGCGACCAGCCGGGGGAGGCCGUGCUGUGCAUCCUGGACUACGACACACUGCAGUACUGCGACUUCCUGGGCUCUGGGGUGUCCAUCUGGGCCACCAUCCUCUGCAUGGCGCGGCUGAAGGCAGCCCUGAAACAUGUUCUGCUUCUCCUGGGCACCCUGGUGUUCGCCAUGUCCUUGCAGCUGGACCGCAGGGGCGCCUGGAACAUGAUAGGGCCUUGUCUCUUUGCCUUCGUGGUCAUGGUCACCAUGUGGGUGUACCGCUGCGGGCACCGGCGCCACUGCUACCCCACCUCCUGGCAGCGCUGGGUCUUCUACCUCCUGCCUGGCAUCUCCAUGGCCGCUGUGGCCAUUGCCAUCUACGCCUCCAUGAUGACCAGUGACAACUACUACUACACGCACAGCAUCUGGCACAUGCUGCUGGCAGGGAGCACGGCGUUCCUGCUGCCGCCGCGUGACAAGCACACUGAGCCCUGGGCCUGCUCGCAGAAGCUCACCUGCCGCUAUCAGAUCUGCAAGAACCGCCGGGAGGAGCUGUACACGGUGACGUGACGCAGCCAGCUCAGGGACACCACAGCUUCGACGACCUCUCCAGCCGGGGCAGGACCAGGGGCGAGGGACCCUGUCCAGACGGAUUUCCAACUGAAUAAAAUUGCC